AGAGAAACUGAAGUGUAGCUGAGCUGUUGUUUGUUUGUGUCUCUGUAUUCAUGCAGUAAAAUGGCCGAAGCAAGAGUUUCUCAGGAUGAAUUCUUGUGUCCAGUGUGUCUGGAUCUCCUGAAGGAUCCAGUGACCAUCCAUUGCGGACACAGUUACUGUAAGAGCUGUAUUACAGACUACUGGGAUCAGGAGAAUCAGAAGAGAGUCUACAGCUGUCCUCAGUGCAGACAGACCUUCAGUCCAAGACCUGCUUUAGCUAGAAACACCAUGCUGGCUGAAGUGGUGGAGAAACUGAAGAAGACCAGACUCUCUGCUGACUGUGAGGCUGGAGCUGGAGAUGUGCAGUGUGACGUCUGUACUGGAAGAAAAUACAGAGCCAUCAAAUCAUGUCUGGUGUGUCUGAACUCUUACUGUCAGAGUCACCUCGAACAACAUGAGAGUUGGUUUAAAGGAAACAGACACAAUCUGACUGAAGCCACUGGAUAUCUGCAGGAGAUGAUCUGCCAGAAACAUGAGAAGCUCCUUGAGGUUUUCUGUCGCACUGAUCAGAAAUGUAUAUGUGUGCUGUGUACGGUUAUGGAACAUAAAAAACAUGACAUUGUAUCAGCUGCAGAAGAGAGGAAAGAGAAACAGCAACAGCUGAAGGAGACACAGAAUAUGUUCCAGCAGAGAGUGAAAGAUCUCCAGCAGCUGAGAGAGACUGUGGAGUCUCUUAAGCGCUCUGCACAGACAGCAGUGGAGGACAGUGAGAGGAUCUUUACUGAGCUCAUCCGCUCCAUUGAGAGAAGCUGCUCUGAGCUGAUACGACUGAUCAGAGAUCAGGAAAAGACUGCAGUGAGUCGAGCUGAAGAACGACUGGAGCAGGAGAUCAAUGAUCUGAGGAGGAGAGAUGCUGAGCUGGAGCAGCUUUCACACACACAGGAUCACAUCCAGUUCCUGCAGAGUUUCCAGUCUCUCUCAGCUCCUCCUGAAUCUACAGAUGUAAAUUAUGAUUCCUUUAGUUCUCUCUUUUUUGAUGGCCUGAGAGAAUCUCUCCAUCAGCUGAUAGACAAACUAGAUGAUUUCUGCAAAAACGAGCUCAAGAAGAUCUCAGACAGAGUUGCUACUACAGAUCCAUCUGUGUACUACAGCCAGUCUUCAGCAUAUUUUACACAUCCUCUACAUACUGCAAUGGAAGUUACACCAACAAAGGGCCCUGUAAAAGGGAUUAAUCGUCAACCUCCACAUCAGCUUAUGUAUGCAUGUCAACAAUCAACACACACCCCACCUCUCCAAUCACCAGAAGUCUUAUUUGGCACUCAAUUAGGUGCUCAGUUUACAAAGAAAGAGGUUCAGUGGUACUGUGACUCCUGCCUAGCAUUGAAUGAAGCCUCAGCAACUGAAUGUGUUUAUUGCAAAGCCCCCUGCAGCACUGAAAAAAGUAAUGCAGCAUCACAAAGUGGGUUAGGUGCCCUGUUUGGUAAAAAAGAUGGACAGUGGGAUUGUGACGAUUGCCUGGUAAGAAACGAAGGUUCAUCUAACCAUUGUGUUUCAUGUCAGAAAGCAAACCCACAUUUUAAAAACAAGACCUUUGCUGUACCAUCAGGAUCCUCUUUUACAUUUAGUUUUGGAAAUUCUAGCAGCCAACCUGAUGCAACAGGAUUUAAAGCCAAUUUCAGUCCAGUCCCUGCUUUUCAGUUCAGUACAUGUAAGGAUAAAGCAGAAAGCUUCAAGUCCUCUGCAACCAAGGCUAAAAGGUCAUCAAGCAGUUUUUCAUUUUCCAUGCCAGCGCCUGUUGGCGAAUUUAAGUUUGGCAUUGGAAGCCAGUCAUCAGUUGGGACUCCUGUCAGCAAAACAACAAUAGAUGAUAGUUUCACAUGGCCAGAUAAUGGAACUCCAGUCUUUGGGGGAACAGCGACACAAAAUGAAGGAGAAAAAACAUGCACUGAAUCAGAAGAGGAGGGCAGUGAUCAUGAGGUUCACUUUGAGCCGAUCGUCUCUCUGCCUGUGGUGGAGGUGAGGUCCAGUCAGGAGGACGAGAAGAUCCUGUUCAAAGAAAGAGCCAAACUGUAUCGCUGGGACCACCAGCUCAACCAGUGGAUGGAGCGCGGUGUGGGAGACAUCAAUAUCCUCUUCCACCCGGUGAAGAAAAGCUACCACCUGCUGAUGAGAUGUGAGCAGAUGCUCGAAGUCUGCGCCAACCACAUCAUCAGCCCCAGCAUCGAGCUAAAGCCCAUGAACACCUCGGCUAAUGCGCUGGUGUGGAAAGCAAACAAUUACUCAGAGGGGGACGGUAAAGUUGAACAGCUGGCAGCCAAGUUCAAUACUCCAGAGCUGGCCGAGUCCUUCAGACGAGCGUUCACCGACUGCCAGAGCCGUAUGCCUCAGACUGACGCCACUCAGAUAUCUGGCGCCGAGGCACUUUCACGAGACUACAACCCUGUGGUGUUCCUCGACAUCACCAUAGAUGAAGAGCAUGCUGGGAGAGUCGUCAUAGAGCUCUUCGCUCACAUCGUGCCCAGAACUGCAGAGAACUUCCGGGUUCUUUGUACGGGAGAGAAGGGCUUUGGUUACCGCCAGUCCACCUUCCACAGGAUCAUCCCGGACUUUAUGUGUCAGGUUAGGACACAAUGAAAACACCAUGAAUAUUCCUUUACAUCAAUACCUUAACUGGAAAUAAAUUCUUAAUGUCAAAGCAAUCAUUACAGCAAUUUUCUCACCAUUCAAAUGAAUACAUGGCUCAGACAAACUGCACAUAAAUGUGUGCAUGACUGUAAUAAAAUUGUGAGAUAAUUAUUUAUUUACAAAUAAAUCUCUCAAUAAGUAAAACUGGUUUAAUUAUUUUCAGAAUAAUUGUAACAGACAGACUUUUAGUGUCGUCUCCACUUAAAAUGAGACAAUCGAAUUCUGUUUAUGUGAAAUAAGCCGCUCACGACCAGGUUUGAGUUCAUGGACCCGUUCCAAUGACAACUCUGGGAUGAAUUCCAAAGAACUGAACAUGAUCUUGAAUCAUGUCAAACAGCCAACAAUAAAAUCCAGCUAAGUGAGUAAUCCAUGUAUGAAGAAUGGACCCCUGAAGUUGUGUAUGCAGUGGUUUUAAUGUUUGUAUGUUUAAUGCUUCUGGAUCAAUUAAAAGCAAAGCUGCUUUAUUUUACCUUUUAGUUUAGACAAAUGUUUCAAAAAAACUGGUAACAAGCAUAUAAAUUACCUCUGACUAGCCAGCAGUGAGAUCAGGGCUAAUAUAUUCAUUUGUGUUCAGUAAAUGCGCCCUUUAUUAGCUAGUUUCAUCUACAUUUUGAUUUUUACUUCAAAGAUUUGACCUACAUGAAACGGAUAAAACUGUUGCAUUUUCUAAGACCGUGUUGUCUGUUUUUGGAGAAGGCUAAUAAAAUAUAUUGCAUACUGUAA